UAUUCAAAAUUAACCCGGUUUUGUUUUCAGACCGCUUGCUUUACAAAAAGCACGAACCGUAUGCCCUUUUCUCUCAUCGACUCAUUGUUUCGUCCAAUCUUCCCCAAAAUCGAUCUCUGUUUUUCAUAGAAGUUUUUGCUUUAAUCUUCAAAUCGACGAAUAUUUUCUUUCAAUUCGCAUAAUUCUCUAUCUGUAGGUAUCUCUUUUAACCCCAGUCGUUGAUUUUACACAAUCCUAGGGUUAGGGUUUCGAUCUCCUCAAUUGAGACCCUUAAUCUCUCGAUCUCUCGUGUUUUUAAAUUCUAUUAUCGAUCUAUGUUAAUAUUUCUCCCUCAUCCGAUUCUAAUUUUGUAGAUAAGUCUCGAUCUGAUUCCGUUCUAGGUUUCGAAUUUUUCGGUUCGUUAGGGUGUUUCAAAUCUGUAAAUUUCGAGAGGGGUUUGGUUCCUUUGAUCGAUUCGAAACUGGUUCGUGUUUUUUUGUGUCGUUAAUUUGUCUUUUUGACCGUAAAUUGGGACUCUAGGGUUAGGUUUCUGUAGAAAAAAUUAGGGUUUCUAUAAAAUAGGGUUUCUUUGUAUUUUUAUAUGUCAAUUGGGGAAACGUAAAUUCACGUCAAAUUAAGCUUCUCUAGGGUAUUAUUCCGUCUGAUUUCGUCUAAACUAAGCCUUUAAGGGUCUCAAGUCGUCUGAAAUUUGAUCUCGACAUAUCUGUUGAGCUUAAGGUUAAAGACAUGGGAUUUAAGCGGCCUUUUGAUGAUGAAGAAUUCCAGGAGCUACCUUGUAAACAUUCAAGACAGCUUGAUGUUAACAAUAAGCUGACUCAAUAUCAACAAGUUCCUUGUAAUAUAAGUGAAACUGUUUUUUCGGGUGAAUAUGGGGAUGGAUUUUAUCAACAUGGAUGGCAAAGGGAAUCUGAAAGUGAAACUGUUGUUAAUGAAUUCACCAGCAGUUCCAGUGAGGAAGAUGUUGGGUCCAAGUCAACAUCUUAUGCAUCUCUUUCGCUAGAACAUUUUGGAUAUGACUUCCCACGGAGAAUAUUUGUUCCAUUUGAUAAUUCCUAUUCUUCUGUCUUGGACCGCUCCCCCAAAAAACAAGUUCCUCUUGGACCAAAUCAUCAGGCCAGCCUUCCAUCUUGGGACCCCUACACAAACAAGAACAUAUCAGAUUGUAAAGCCACAAUGAAUGACAGUUCCUCAAAUUAUCUGGGAUUAGACAACAAUGUUGACAAUGACUAUGAAGAGAAGCUGAUGGGGACUUGUGUUAUUCCGAUGCCUGACUCAAAUUCGUCUGCACAGAACACUGACAAGGUUGGAGACGGCAGUAUGGACUGCGACUGCCUGGACGAGGGCUCUGUCAGAUGUGUACAACAGCAUAUCAUGGAAGCACGGGAAAAGCUUUUGAAAUCCCUUGGGCAUGAAAAAUUUGUUAAGUUGGGUUUAUGUGACAUGGGAGAGGUGGUGUCCUGGAAAUGGACUGAAGAAGAGGAACAGGCCUUUCAUGAUGCUGUUUAUUCUAAUCCUGCAUCAUUAGGUAGGAAUUUUUGGAAGCACUUGUCAGCAGUGUUCCCUUCCAGAACCAAAAAAGAAAUAGUCAGUUAUUAUUUCAAUGUCUUCAUGCUCCGGAGGCGGGCUACUCAGAAUAGAAGUUACUCUCUGGCUAUCGAUAGCGAUGAUGAUGAGUGGCAUGGAAAUCAUGGGGAUCAGUAUGAUGUUCAAGUUUCAGGAGAAGAUGAAGACUCUGCCAUUGUGUCUCCUGUUGCUGAAGAUGAGCUAGCAGACUCUGAAGAGGAUUGUUCUGAUGAAGAUGAUGAUGAUGGUGAUGACAGUGAUGGAGAUGUCGGAAAUUUUGGUGCUGAUGCAACUGAAGAAGAUUAUGGGUUAGAUUAUCUAUCUCAGUCAUGCAUGGAAAUGUCAUCGAAUGGGGAUGGGGUUGAUUCUGUAGUUCCACAUGUAGAUACAAGUACAGGGAGAGCUGGUGACAGUCUUAGUGUUCAAGAUGACUCGUGUACGUCUUUUGAGUAUGACAUGGUCGAUUCUUGUGGUCCACUUGAUGCUGUACAUGCCUUGCAUUUAAGUGGAGCAAAGACUGACCUUUGUAAAAGUUUGCAUGGUAAACUUGACGAGUGUAAUGAUCUGGUUGGUCAUGUAAAUUUAUUGGAUUCCUGUGAUGCUAAAGUUUGGGAUGGAAGGUAUCCAAGUCCGAUAAAAGGUGUUGAUCUCCUGCCUACAUGCAACAUUAUUGAAGAGAUCUUUGGCCAAGGCACUUGGGAUACGAAGACAAGAUAUGACUAAGGCAUCUGUUAGUGGCUCAUUGAGAAAUUCCCUACUGGUACCUCAGUAGGGCCACAACUUAGUUAACGAGUGUCAUGCAAGAAAACUUCUUUUAUUUAAAAAUAGGAUAUUUUGUCCUCCGAAUUUCUUUGUACAUUCUUUUGUGGAAUGAAAUAUUGAAAUGUACAUGAGCAAAUUGUAGCACUCCCAGUGGAAUCUUUUUUGUCAGUUUUGAGUUGCCCAAACCAGAACUCUUGCUAGGGUCCCAAAAGUGUCACUUAGAAUUACUUUAAUAAAGGAAGAUAAAAUAAUACCCAGUAAUUUGACAUGUAUAAGGCAUUUGAACAACACUUGUCAAGGGUUUUGUACAGGUGGGAUAGGGAAAAAGGAGAUGAUUCCCCUUUUUUCGUGUAUACUGAACUGAAGUAUCAGUGGGAAAGGUUUUGAUGUGUUCUUUCCU